AUGAAAAGAAUCUCAAUACUGACAUCUUUUAGUAACGUUUUAUCAAAUUCUCCAAUUGAUAUUAUACCAAAUUCAACAUUUUCACAAAAUUAUCAAAUUUUAAGUUCUUUAGAUAGUUCAUCAGUUCAAUUAAAUUUCCUUGAAAAAUUAUGGGCUUCAUAUUAUUUAUAUAUGAAUAAUGAUAUCUUUGCUACAGGUUUAUUAUUCUUUACAUUACAUGAAUUAAUGUAUUUUGGUCGUUGUUUACCAUGGUAUAUUAUUGAUUGUAUUCCAUAUUUCCAAAAAUAUAAAAUUCAACCAUCAAAAAUUCCUUCAAAUAAAGAACAAUGGGAAUGUUUAAAGUCUGUUUUAAUUUCUCAUUUCUUAGUUGAAGCUUUCCCAAUUUGGUUUUUCCAUCCAGUCUGUAAUUUAAUUGGUAUAAGUUAUCAAGUUCCUUUCCCAUCAUGGAGUUCAAUUGCUUUAGAAAUUUUUAUUUUCUUCUCUUUAGAAGAUUUAUGGCAUUAUGUUUUCCAUAGAGCUUUACAUUAUGGUGUUUUUUAUAAAUAUAUUCAUAAACAACAUCAUCGUUAUGCUGCUCCUUUUGGUUUAGCUGCUGAAUAUGCUCAUCCAAUUGAAGUUGCUUUAUUAGGUUUAGGUACUGUUGGUAUUCCAAUGGUUUGGGCUUGGUUUUCACAAAGUUUACAUUUAUUUACUGUUUGUAUUUGGAUUACUUUAAGAUUAUUCCAAGCUGUUGAUGCUCAUUCUGGUUAUGAAUUUCCAUGGUCUUUACAUCAUUUCUUACCUUUCUGGGCUGGUGCUGAUCAUCAUGAUUUACAUCAUCAUUAUUUUAUUGGUAAUUAUGCUUCAAGUUUUAGAUGGUGGGAUUUCACUUUAGAUACUGAAGCUGGUCCUGAAGCUAAAGUUGAAAGAGAAGAAAGAAUGAGAUUAAAAGCUGAAGCUAAAAAAUUAAAAUAA